AACUGUUAUCGCGUGGCAUCAUUGCAAAGUUACAGUGCCUCUCAAAACGCUUAAAUUAUGAAUGUGGAGACUUUUCUAAUAGCGUUUACAGUCUCGCUGAUAUUUCCUGCCAGUCUUUCGAAACAUGGCGGAGUAAUAAGACGUUUAAAUCGUGUAGUUUGUUUAUUGCUAUGUGAUAAAAUAAUUAAUUAAAAGUCAUAAUAAUAUAAGAAAUACGUUCUGUAAAACAUCCUUGUGUAUAACUCUAUGCAAUGGUGACCAGAUAAUAAAAAAAUAAUUAUGCUGAUAAUUACAAUUCCACUAAAAAAAUUCGAUGAUUCGUAUGUGUUAGACGAAACGAUUGUGUGGCUCAUUACCGUCUGACUACCGUGUGAAAUGCGAUUGCAAUUCGUACGAAUAUGUACUUACAUAUUAUUUAUAUGCUGAAACAUAAGUGCGCUUUAUAAAAUAAUAGCAAAUUGAAAAUCGAAAUAUAAAUAUUUUUAAUAAAGUUAAUAAAAGAAUGCAUUUAAGCUGAAGCAGAAAUAGUACAAAACAAAUCGUGCGCGUGAUUGUGCGACAAUUCUUGUGUACGUAUAGAAGUUAGUGCACUAUUUGAACGGUGGAAAAUGUGUCUGAGCACAAGUGGUAAAUGCAAUAGCAUUUUUCCAUUGACCACAGUACCAUAUCUACGGAAUGGUGCUAAAUUCAAUUUUAUAUUAAUACUUUUAUUGAAUCUUUUGCUGAAUUCACGUAGUCAACUGCUAAUCAACGUACAAAAUCAAGGUGGUGAAGUCAUACAAGAGAGCAUCACCUCUAAUGUCAGCGAAGACAUAAUCACACUGGAAUUUCAAAAAACAGACGGCACGCUUAUUACACAAGUCAUUGAUUUUCGAAAUGAGGUAAAAAUCGUUAAAGCCUUAGUGCUGGGAGAAGAGGAACGUGGCCAAAGUCAAUAUCAAGUCAUGUGUUUUGUGACGAAAUUCAAUAAAGGUGAUUUCAUAUCAUCCGAUGCAAUGGCUAAAUUGCGUCAAAAGAAUCCCAGUACAAUACGUACGCCCGAAGAUGACAAGGGUCGUGAAACAUUUACGAUGACCUCUUGGGUACAUCUAAAUCGUUCGUUGCCAAUAACACGACAUCUGCAAACGGUAUGCGCCGAAGCGGCAGAUGCGACAUAUGUGCGUAGUGUGGAUUUGAAGGCGUGGUCCGAAUUGCCAGGCUCAUCAAUAUCCAGUCUCGAAGCGGCCACUGAGAAAUUUCCCGACACACUUUUCUCACGUUGCAACGAGGUGAGUGGCCUCUGGGCACCAUGCCUUUGUACGCUCGAAACCUGUAUCGGCUGGUAUCCUUGCGGUUUAAAAUAUUGCAAGGCAAAAAAUGGCGGCGAUUCGUCUGCGGCGCAGCCCAACUAUCGUUGCGGCAUUAAAACGUGUCGCAAGUGCAGUCAAUUUACCUAUUACGUGCGACAGAAGCAACAAUGUCUGUGGGAUGAAUGACGAGGGCUGCAUGUGGGCGACUUUGGCAGUUAUUGUAAUCAUAGAACUUGCUCAGUAAAUAAGUGGCCAACGACAGAAGCAGCAUCAGCAACAACUGCAACAACGACAACUUUAACAGUAGUAUCAGCAGCAGCAGCAGCAGAAGCAGCGGCGGCGGCGGCAGCAAACAAUCGUUAUCCUUUCGGUGUGUCACCACAUCGGCGAUGGUAUGCGAAUAAGAAUAUAUUCUGCGGCAGCCAUAAACAUUGCGUUUCAUAUAAUAACAAUCGAGACUUUGCGGCAGCGGCGGCCGUCAAUCAAGAGCAAAUGUUUCUGUUACAAAUGCCAUUGCUCUUCGUGGUAUCGUCAUCUUCAUCAGAGUCUGUUGCGGCGACACCAAUAAACUACUGAGGAAGCUGUUAAUGACCAAGUAAACUUUUAUUUUUUUUUUACAUCAAACAUAAAUCUUAGUUGUGUGUAAUAAUGUAAAUAUUUAGAAUAUAUAUGUUUAUAUUCACACGAUAAUAUAGUAAUAUUAAAUUACAUGCACUUACAUACAUAUUAGGCUAGUUUGUCUGAUGACGAAAAAUCUCCUUCGAAAAUGAAUUUUCUUGGUAACUUUACAAUAAUUAUUUUCAAUUUAUGCGUAUUCUCUUGAAACAUCUUCUUGUUUAAAACCCCUUUUGGAUUUCAGGGGAAAUGAAAACUUCUAUUCAAGACUGUUAGUUGCUCGAGUAGUGUAGUCAUAGAAUACGAUAUAUAAUACGAUCUUCUGAAUUCGUAAAACAUAAUUAAAUAUGCAUUUUUUACGUAUACAAGUUGUAUUUAUUGUUAUGAUACUUUUUGUUUGCCUUUUAUUUGGCCAAUUUUACAU